AUGAACUACGCUCUGAACAGCAGCCCAGCCCCAGGUCUGACCAUCAGUAGCCCCACCAUGGACUCUGUGAGCUGGGUCUACUUUUCGGUGACAUUUCUUGCCAUGGUCACCUGUGUUUUGGGGAUGGCAGGCAACAGCUUGGUGAUUUGGCUGAUGAGCUUCCGUGUGCAGAGGUCCCCCUUCUGCGUUUAUGUGCUCAACCUGGCGGUGGCCGACCUCCUCUUCCUGCUGUGCAUGGCGUCCAUGCUCAGCCUGGAAACAAGGCCCCUGUUCAUAGCCAGCACCUCUGCCAGAAUCUACGAGGGGAUGAAGAGAAUCAAGUACUUUGCCUACACGGCCGGCCUGAGCCUGCUGACGGCUAUCAGCACCCAGCGCUGCCUUUCUGUGCUCUUCCCCAUCUGGUAUAAGUGCCACCAGCCCAAGCACCUGUCCGCGGUGGUGUGCGGUGUGCUUUGGGCACUGGCCCUGCUGAUGAACUUCCUGGCUUCUUUCUUCUGCGUCCAGUUUUGGCAUCCCAACGAGAGUCAGUGCUUCUGGGUGGACAUGGUCUUCACCAGUCUUAUCCUGGGGAUCUUCAUGCCCAUCAUGAUCCUGUCUAGCACCAUACUCGUCAUCCGGGUACGGAAGAACACCCUGCUGCGGAGACGGCGGCCCCGGCGGCUGUUUGUAGUCAUCCUGGCUUCCGUCUUCGUGUUCCUAACCUGUUCUCUGCCCCUAGGCAUCUACUGGUUCUUACUCUACUGGGUGGGACUGCCACAGGAGGUGCUCCUCCUGUAUAUCUGCUUGUCACGCUUCUCUUCCAGUUUGGGCAGCAGCGCCAACCCAGUCAUCUACUUCCUGGUGGGCAGCCAGAAGAGCCACCGGCUGCAGGAGUCCCUGGAUGCUGUGCUUGGGCGGGCACUUCAGGACGAGCCUGAGCCGGAUGGCAGGGAAACACCAUCCAUGUGCACCAAUGAUGAGGUCUGAAGGCAGCCCACCUAAGGCCUCCUUGCUAGCCCUGCCAGGCCUUCCCACCCUGCUAGCCUUCAGUGGGUGACCCCAAAGGCCUUGUAGUGCACCAUAUUGGGGUCAAUUUCCUCUAUACCAAAGGGCUCACCACUAUCACCUUGUGUUCCUAGUCUAAACAGGGACAUGAGGCAACGUUUCUUUUCAUUUAAUGUGUUUAGACACAGAUCCUAGCUUUGGGCCCUGUCCCACGCAAGGUUGGCUGGGAAAUGGUAUCUCCAGGUGGGGACUCUCAUGUGGAUGGAAAAGGCUAUUUCUAGCCACCUUAUCUCUUUGAGAAGGCAUCUAUCCUACUUUCAUUUCCGCUGCUGUGAGAAAUUCUCUGACAAAACGUAACACUUAACAAUUGCAGGUCACAGCCCAUCAUUUCAGGGAAAUCAAGGUGGGAAUUAAAGAAGCUAGUGACAUCAUAUCCAAAGUCAAGGAAGGAAGGAAGGAAGGAAGGAAGGAAGGAAGGAAGGAAGGAUGAGAAGGAAAUCAAGCAAAUGCACGAAUCCAUCCCUGCUUGCUUGCUCUCAGCUAGUUUUUUCCUCUCAUUCUAUUCAGAACUCUGUGCCUAGGGAAUGGUGUUGCCCACAGUGGACUGGGUCUUCUUGAGUCAAUAAACAAUCAAGACAAUCCCUCAUAAACAUGCCCACAAACUAACCUGACCUGGGUAAUUCCUCACUGAGGCUUUCUCCCUAAGUGAUUCUAGGUUGUCAGGUUGACAGUUAAAGCUAAACAACAGGACAUCUUGGACUUGGGUACAUACUGGUGACAUUAUGUGAUGCUCAAAGUGCUGGCUGUGAUGCACUUGUUACUGAGUGUGCCUGUAGCGUAUUGUGUGACUUUUCCUGGGGUGGCAUGAACACACAUCUACACAUCCCAGAUAGGGCAUUGAUGACUGACCAAGGAACAGUCUUAUC